AUGUCAGGCUUUCUCAUCAACCAAGAGCCGCCUACUCGUCUCGAGCGCUUCGUUCAAGACACUAUCGACUCAUCCAAAGGUUUCUUCGCCUACCUCUUCCGUGGAAGCUGUCUGGAAUACUGGGUGCUUGACCCCAAUGGUCAGGCUUACACGCUCUUCCUGGCGACACUGCUAGGCGCUUCGAUCUGGCUCUUCAUCCUAAACCAGAACUCAGAGGCUACCACAGCUUCAAAGUCCGAGCAGCACUGGCCCGAGAGCGAAUUGGCGGACGCAAUGGACAUUGAUGGCGAGGGAUAUCAAGGCGACGAACAUCAACCAUCGACUCCGCGUGCUUCAACGUAUUCAGGCGAAGAGACACCCAUCAUGCGCAAGUUAGCACCUCAUGAUCACCGUCCUGUCAACGCGCACAUCCAAGGCUCGCCUUUUCGAGUAAAACAACCUCUGGGACCUCGCAUCCGUCAAUUCGCACCGUCCACCGAUCAGUCUCCCUCUCCACUCAACCCCCGGCUUUCCAAAGCUUUCUCGACUAGGCCUUCUCAGCGCGAUAACUUCUCGAAUCUCAACAAAGACACUCCGGUAGCCAACAAAACACUCCAAGAAACUAGCCGUUCUGGUGUGGGUGACAUCUUUGAGGAGUGCAAGACGCAGAGCCCGGUGGUUGCUCACUGGUCAAAUGAGGGCGGCCAGCGUUAUGAUCGAGCGACCUUGAGGCGCGAGGUGGCUACCAAAUAUCUUUCCUAA